AUUUUGAAUAGAGCAGACUGUGUGUGUGUCGCGGAAAAGAGAGAUUGAACAUUUUUACUGAGGCAGGCGGUACAGUGCUCGCUACAGGUAGGUAAAGCAUAUUGCUCACUUUUUUUGAGCGCCUUUCCUCGGAGGAGGGAUUGAAAACGCCAUAUUCAAGCUCAGUGAGAUGGAAGUUUUUAGACAAAUGUCUCGUUGGACCGUAAGAUACUGUAUUUUGCUUAUGCUAAUAUAACAACAACGAGAGAUUUUUGAUCAAUGGUUGCUAAAAUCAAAACUAAAGGCUCAGCGUGUUGAUGUUUGUUUGCUAGUCGGAUACAGAGGCAAACUGUACGACCAGAAUACUGAUGAUGCAGCAAAUUCUGAAUUAAGCCAAACUCGAUAUUUAUUGUUGUUCUCGUUAUUGUUGCCUGGAUAGCGUGUCGGACUUCAUACCUUCAGGCCUAGGUAUAGAGUACUUUUCGAUCCCGUUGUCAUCUCGAUGCAUCAGGAGGUUACAAUCUCUUGCGAUGCAUCUAUUGGGAAACUUCAUUCCUUAAUAUAUGCCAGCCUUAAGCUUCAAUGUUCGUUUGUCUCGUCGAGAUUCCUGCUGUUAUCAGUAUGAAUUUUUCAAUAAUAAGUUCAGACUGUCACUCUGGUCAAAAAGCAGGAUCUACAGAACUCAGUUUUCGAGGCUAAUAUCAACUGAGCACUGAAACUCGACGUUUCUUCGAAGAAAUGACCACGUUUGGAACGUUGAUCCACGAAAAAUUCCUUCUUUCGACAAACCGUUCUUGUCCAAUUCGCUCUAAUCAUAUAACCCAAGAUAGGGUUGGUGUAAGAUAUUGUAAUAAAAAAAACCCCGGCUUAACGGAAUAUAAAUGGGUGUUAAGGGAAAUGAUCUCGAUUUGAGCUUUAUUUUCCUUAUACUAGGACGAUGUUUAAGUGGUUACGGCUAGGGAUUGAUGUUGAUGGGAUACAAAGGGAUAAAUUAAAUAGUAAUUUCUAGGGGCAAUGAGGUUUUUUUUAAAUUAAAUCGAAAACCUGUAGAAGUCGUUGCAACGUUUCUUUUUCUUUUCCAUAAACUUAUUUAGUCCGGUCGUAUUCCCUAUAGUGUAAAGCGCCUAAUUAUAACUACUUUUUUUAUCUUACUGUGGGUAGAAUUCUGUACCGUCACAGUUUGAACAUCGAUAACUAUCACAAUCCUUUUUGUUUUUACACCGAUUAAACCUCAGCCUUAGCACAAAACUAAUUAGAUCCACUCAUGCAUAAACACGAUUUCGGUUCAGCACUUUUGUAAUUUCGUCAAAUAUGUGCAUUACCACAUUUUAGGUGAAAAUGGCAGAGGGAGGGAGCCCUGAUUUCAACUCUGAAACGCUCAAAGAUCAAGCCAAGCGGCUGAUAACUGGCUUACCCAGCUUCGAGUAUCAAUUUGAACAAUACUGUUCGUCUGGAAGACAGCACAUAACCAUCCUGCUGUGUGGAAAAACAGGUGUAGGCAAAUCGCAUUUGACGAACGCGCUCGUUGGAAAACGUCUGGCCAGAGAAGGCGAAGAUCUCAAUGCAGAAACAUAUGAGGUAAAUUAAAGAAGACAGUGCAACUCUUGGUCAAGCAUCUUUACACAUAUCGCACAAGAAGGCGCAUAGCGCCACUAGGUUUUUCCGACCAAUAUCACCUAUUUUCUUCUACCUGAAGUAUUCUCUUCUACCUUUAUACGUCUUUUGUUUCCUAUUCCUCUCUUAAUCUCCAAGAGGUGACAGCAUUGUAUGUCCUGUUUUUUGAUAGGUAACACCUUACAACUUCUCAAUGAACGGCGUGGGUGUAACGAUAGUCGACACUCCUGGGUUGGCAGAUGGCACUGGAAACGAAGAAGUGUAUCUAAAAAAAAUCAAAGAAAAUGUAACCGGUUUUGACGCAUUCAUUUUCUGCACUGAGAUGAGUAAUCGCCGAAUCAGGAACGACGAUAUUAUAACGAUUCAGAAGCUAACUGAAGCCUUCGGUCCACAGCUUUGGGAGCACGCUGUUGUUGCAUUAACAUUUGCUAAUGAGGUUCACCCACCACCCAGCAAUAGUGACGUGACGGAACAGGAGUUUUUCGAUGACCGCCUCCGAAAAUUUAAGAAGAAGAUUCAAGAAGUCGUAUUAAAAGUCGGAGUACCAGAGGAGGCGAUCAUCAAAGUGCCAUUCGUACCCACUGGAGAUUUGUGCGAGCGUCGACUACCGAGUAUCGAAAACUGGAUCGUGUGUUUCUGGAUCGCAACGUUCAAACGCUUAAACAGAAGUGCAAAACCUACGUUUCUCCUUGCAAAUAUCGACCGUUUUAAUUGCGUUUCAGAAAGAAGAGGAGGUCUAUCAUCAGGAAUAAGCCCGCCACGACCUGAGUUGAUGGAGGGAAAUCAGCUGCAAAAGCAGGGAUUUGACCACUUUCAUCAAAGUCAGAGGCCGUGGGAUGACCAAAACGCUGAUGUUAAUCGCGACUGUCGUGUGCUAAACAGAAGCCAAUCGUUGAAUGAACAAAAGCGGCAAACACCCCCGAAAACGUUGCCCAAACAAAAAUCUGAAGAAAAUAGGUCAAGGAAUGAGCGAGGUUCAGGACCUGACACCCCUGUUGGUAUUGAUCUGGAUGAGGCAUCUACUGGCGAGAUAAUGAUGGAAAUUAUCAGUGACGUCGGUAACGAGGGCAGCAGGGUAUUGGGUGACUUCAUUCGGCCUGGAACUGGCAACUUUCUGUCUGCUGUAUUCGGGUGGUUUAUGGCCUUGUUAAAAAAGUGGCUACAGAAAAAACCUUCAAUAAAAAACGAGGCUGUAGAAGAGGAGAAAGCCGAGGAACAGGAAGGCAACUAA